UAAAUUUGAAAAUUUGAAAGACGCGCCAUUGUAGUUUGUAGACUAUCUACAUCCCAAAAUUUUAUUCUCAAAGUUUCUCUUUUCACAUUUUUGAAUUGUUCUUAUUUCUCUCUAGCCAGAUGUCGAAGCAGGUGUUGGAUUCUGUAGACUCACUGUCGGUUCCUUCUGAGCCACUUCAUAUUGGAAAUUGGUUCUCGAGCUAUGCAUAUGAUUCCCCGGUGUUGAGUGAGAUUGAUGAUUUUCAUGAUUCUGGAGAUGGCAGGAAAAGAAAGAAAGCUGAUUCCUUGCAUUGUGGUGAGAAUGUAGCUUCACAAGGUGAUAUCGAACUUCCAACUAAGCUUUGGACAGCUUCAAAUGAUAUCCCAUUUUCUUCUGUGCUAUCAGUGCCUUUAGAUACCAAGGACUGUUUCUCAAGUUUUGUGCCUGAAACUCCCUUAUUGGCUGAUAAUGAUGAUACUAUAGUCCCUGAAUCAAUUGACAUCGAUUUCAAUGAGGAUACUAGCUCAAGAGGGUGUAAAAAAGACAUCAACUGCAAGGAGGAAGACAAUUCUGCUGAAAAUCAAACAAAUGGGAAAUGCAACAGUUUGUCUUCUGGUGUCAAUAUGGCUUCAAAAGACCUUGAACAGUGUACAAAUUUUGUUGCAGAUAACAAAUGGGAUGUGGAAUCUUCAGCUGAUAUGUCACUUGCUUCAGAGCCUCCAGACAUCCGGAACUGGUUCUCUAGCUAUGUUUAUGAAUCUCCAAAAGUGGAUACUAUUCAAGAUUUCAUACUUCCAGAUCAUGAGAAAAAAUUAGAUGACAAAGUGUGUACGAAUGGAUGUAGUGGCAGUGUGGAACCUCAGAAUUUUAGGAAUUCAUUAGGAACUCCUUUUAUCCAUGAUGACAAGUAUGAGCAUCAAACUGCCUCAAAGUAUACUUUGAAGGAUCCGGAGGCUGAUGGGACAAAGAACACAAGAGUAUCCAAUGAAAUGUCUCAUGAGAGGAUUUCUCAACAGACACUAUAUCACAAGACAACGGAGAAUAGCAUAUGUGAUUCACCAAAUCACUUUGACACGGUCUUCAAAGAGAGUGACGGAGAACACUUGGAGACCCUUUUUCCUCAAGAAGCUAACUGCAAAAUAUCCUUCACCAUUGAUCGUUCAAGCUGUGAAGGUGAAAAAUUAUACAGACAUCCAAUCCACAGGAAGGAUUCUGCAGAAAACAGCUUGAAAUCUGAAGAAAGUGUUGAGCCUGCUGAUGAUUUGCAAUGUAAAAAUAGGAUGGAGAUGAGUGUGUUAAGUCAGAAGUUAUCCAAACGGAAAGCGGCAGAAAUCAUCGACAAAGAAAAUCACAUAAAUGACUUCGAAGAGAAUGGUUUUAUAUCAACCAGAAAGAGUAGAAAUAGUCAAGUGCAGAACAGAAGUCCUUUGCCAACGCCAGCUACUGUUCAGUCUCCUUUAAGUGGAAUCACUGCUGCAUCAAACAGCCACAAGCAUGGUUUGACUAGAAAGGUUCUCACAGAAACAACCAACUUGCAUCCUAGUGCUUUGGAAACAACAGGAAAAUGGCGGUGCCCCCAGAGGACUAAGCCAAAUCUUGGUCCUCCUUUAAAGCAGCUUCGACUAGAGCAAUGGGUUCGUCGAGGUUAAGUCUAGUACUUCCUUAUGAAGAGAAAAUGGAUAUCAAGUAUGGAAGAAUUCAAAAGAGAUUUUUGCAUGUUAGCUAGUGAAAGAUGUGAGAACAAGACUUGGCACAAUGCUAGAGUUACUAUAUCGGGGGUUGAGCUGUGGAAACAUUUUGCAGAAGUCUUAGGGCAAAGUUGCAUACAAUUACACUCCCCUUACCCUACACUACACAGGUAACACUACUUGCAACAGGGUAAGGGCCAAGGUCUACUUCAAUCAGUGAGCUUCUUGUUGUGAAGCUUAGUUGGCAUUAUCGAAUGUAAGAUGCAUGUCUAUGUAAACAGGUUGAUCUGUAGUGAGAGUUAACAUCAUUGUAUUUUGCAUUCAUCUUUCCUGUUCAAAUGCAUAAGCAUUCGUUUGAGGUAUU